ACGAUCAACUUUUGUUUAAUUAAAAUUUUCUUUUUGAAGUGUUCCAACAAAUAUUAAAAUUAUCGUAGAAUGUCUGCAAGAUCUGUUUUGAAAUUGUUUACUAAAACGUGUUCGUAUUCGUUGAAUUCAGGAUGUUCGCCAUGCAUUUCGAACGUAACUCCACAAACAUCUUUACGAAAACAUAAUCGCUCUUGUUCUUAUUCUCCCAAAAGACGUUUCUAUGAGCUAAGAAAUAUCUCAAAAUCUGUAGAAAACUUGAGAGAAAGUCGUUACAAAGAUGAGGAAUUCGAGGCAUCGGAUACCGAAGAUCCUAGACUUAAGGUUAACAAGUUCCCUUCCGCAACUGAUUUGUCGGUGAGGGAUCCAGCGAAAGAAUUUAAAGAUGCCUAUACCCCCCCUCAGGAGGUCAAUGACGAGGGUAACCCCAUUUAUGAGUUGGCCGAAGGGUCACGUACUCAGGAAAACUACUUCGACGUGAACUACUACAUGCGGAAGUUGGAACUUGAUAAAGCGAAACGGUUGUUUAUGGAUUUGCAACCCAAUAAUCUCAGACCAUUUGGAUCUACUCAUAAUUUUUAUGAAGUGGAAACAGUUAAGAAACGGUACAAGAUCGUAUAUCCAGACGUGACCCCUCCAAAUCCAUUUGAAAUGCCAACGAAAAGGAAAGUUGAUGACAUACACCACAAAGACUUCAGUAGUUACGCAAGAAAUACCCAACCGCAAAAAGAAUCAGUUGGUAGCAAUAAACCAAAUGAAAUAAGUAUGUUGAACUAUAGUACCACCUGUUCCACUCGAACAUUUAAAUCAAACUUUUCUAAAAGAGCCAAGACUACUCUCGGAAGCAACACAGAAAACCUUGAUGACAAACCAAAUAAGGAUGGAAUUUUCGAUGAACAAGCUAUCGGAGUAGAUCAAGGUCUUAAAGAAAUCAGGGACCAUGAAAGAUUGAUCCGUCGCACAGCCUUGCCGAAAAAAGAAUGUGCCAAAGAAGCUUUAACCUCACAUUAUUUGGAUCUUGUUUCAAACCCAAACAGAGAGUACACCACUCAAACCAAGACCGACAAGGGCGUUUGUGACGAGUAUGUCACGGUUAAACUAAGCGAAUUGCAAGAGGAAUGCCGUAAAGCAAAAAAAUGUAAACCCAAGAAGAUUUCCUUGGGUCGUCUUCCCAAAAUCGACUCUCCACUCUGCCCCUGCACACAUAAGGUAGAUCUUAAAGAAGGUAAACCUCUCAAUCGCCUCAAAAAGCGUUUCGUCUACAAAGACGUUAUUCACGUGUGCAAGGAAGAGGUUUGUGAUACGCCUCGAGCUGAUGCAGACUACAAAAUCACACCGAAGAAACUUCCCAUCAUGGAGUGUCCAGAGUGUCCCUGCGUCGAAGUCGAAAUGACCGAUCUUAUCAUCAAACGAUUACCGAAGAAGAAAAUCCCGGAACCGCCAAGAGUAUGCGUGGAGUGUGUGGGCGAAGAGUGUUGCCCUCCUCGCGCAGACGGAAAGAUUAUCGUCGAGAAAAAAAAUCUGCCCAAGCUUGAACCGAGCGGUUGUCCUUGCUUCGUGACGUAUCCAAAGACCUCUCCGACCUUAAAAAGAUUGGUUCCGUUGCCGGUCAAAGAACCCGAACGAAUCUGUGUUACGGAGACGUGUGACGUGACUUUGAGAGCUGAUCAUAACCUCAAAAUCGAAAAGAAGGUAUUGCCUGUUCUUGCGGCAGGUUGUGAUUGCCAGCCACCACGGCCAAUGAUGAAGGGUGAACCACUGAAGAGGAUGAAAAAAUUUAAGUAUGUGGAUAAACCGAGGGUAUGUAAGGUGGAGGAGAAGUGCGAGGAAACGAUUCGAGCUGAUAGUAAACUGAAGCCUGAGAAGAAGAAACUUCCGGUAUUUGUGUCUACUACUUGUCCCUGCAGGCCACCAGCUAUACCCAGUGUCGAUGUCAAACUAAAAAGGUUGCAGCCGAAGCCUCUUCCACCGGAGAAAGAAAAGAUUUGCGUUGAGGAGGUAUGCCAGAUGCCUCGUGCCGAUGAAGGAAUGAUCGUAGAACCCAAACAGCUGCCGAUAUUAGAAGCUCAAUCAUGUCCCUGUCCGACAGCGUCAAUGAAGGACGGUCCACCAUUGAAAAAACUUGUACCUAAACCAGUAGAAGAACCUCCAAAAAUUUGCCCAGUAAUAGGAAAAUGUUUAAUACCUCGAUCCGACGACGACCUUAAAGUUAAAGCAAAGAAGCUACCAGCUCUUACUGCAGGUACCUGUCCUUGUAAACCACCAGAACCGCCUCAUGUUAUGAGGCCGUUGCCAAAGUUAAAGAAAAAGCCUGUAACUUACCAGAGAGUUUGCAAGGUUGAGAAGGUGGAAUGCACGGAACGUGCCGAUGAGCAUCUGAAAGUGAAAGUUAAGAGAUUACCUAAACUAGAAGUUCCGGAGUGUGCUUGUAGACCGCCUGCAGUACCAGAUAAGGGGACACCUUUAAAACGACUGAAAAAGGUACACAUACCAGAGCCUCCUCGAAUCUGCAAGAAGGAAGACGAUUGUGAGGAUAUACCUCGGGCUGACGAAGAUGACUGGUUGUAUUGGAAACGAUCGGAGGUUAAAUCGGCUGAAUGCGAACCCCCGAAGAAGACGAAUAACAACAGAUCUUUCAGUACUACCUCAAGACGAUCUUAUAGCACAAGAGUGACAUCAGAUUACGAUUUAUUUGACUUACAAUACGACGUGCCGGGUUUGCUUUCAGACUCAUUUAAAAAGCAACCAAACAAUAUUAUAAUCGACAUUAAACCUUCAGCACUUUUGAUUCUGACACAGAAGCAAUUAGAAUUAAAUAAGGACAGUACGGAUGCUGUUUUAACAAGAACACAGGAAAAACGAUCAAAAUCAGAACCAGUAGAAAACGUCAAAUUCGUUAUCUUCAAGAGUAAUAGCCUCGUUACUAGUAAGCCAUCUAAAGAAAGUUCAAGUGAAGUUUCAUUUAGUACAAAGAAUCGCUUCAUUUCCACUUGCAGUGCUGUAUGCCAAGGUCCCCGAGAAGAACCUCACCUUCAACCUAAAAACCGAAUCAUUCCAGAGAAGGAACAUUUUAUUACUCCUUAUCCAAGUGAUGACGAAAUCGAACAUACAUUGAGAAAAAGUAGAAGGUAUAAUAGAACUCGGAAAAGCGAUACAUGUGAAGGUGGAUAUGAAACUAGAAAUGAAGCUACCCAUGCAGAAGUGCUCCAGUGUAAAGAAGAAGUUGAAGAAGAGAAGAAAACUUCUGAAGAAUGUGAAAAAGAGGAAGUAGUUGGUGAUAAGUGUGAAAAAAAAAUAAGCCUAUGGGAGAGGGUCGUAAGUUAUUUCAAAGCUAGACCGAACUGUCCGUCACCAGCAGAGUAUAAAAGAAUGAGGUUAAGGGAAGAAGCUGAAAGAGCGGCCCAAGCAGCCGGAUUAUGUUUAUAUGAUCCUAAGGAGCUAUUGAAGAGGCAUGAUAAAGAGUUACCAAAGGUGAUUACAGCGGAUACAGCUAGAGAAGAGUGCGAAAAAUAAGUUAGUUUUUCUUUUAACAACAGGUAUAACAUCAUACAUGGUUACGUGUAAACAAAUAGUUUUAUUUCUGUU